AUGAUUAAGGCAAUAUUAGUGUUCAACAAUCAUGGGAAGCCGAGGCUGUCGAAAUUCUACCAAUAUUUCAAUGAAGAUAUGCAGCAACAGAUAAUAAAGGAGACGUUUCAGCUGGUCUCCAAACGGGACGACAAUGUGUGCAAUUUUCUUGAGGGUGGAAGUUUAAUAGGCGGCUCCGACUACAAGUUGAUAUACAGACACUAUGCGACCCUAUACUUCGUGUUCUGUGUCGACUCCUCAGAGAGCGAGCUUGGCAUUCUAGACUUGAUUCAGGUAUUUGUAGAAACACUAGACAAAUGUUUCGAGAACGUCUGCGAGUUGGACCUGAUCUUCCACGCGGAUGCUGCUCAUCAAGUCCUGGACGAGCUGGUGAUGGGAGGCAUGGUACUCCAGACCAACAUGGCUGAUAUUCUGUGCAGGCUACAGGAACAGAAUAAGAUGCAGAAGGCCGAGGCUGGUAUAUCAGCGGCGCCGGCGCGCGCUGUGUCCGCGGUGAAGAGUAUGAACCUACCGCAACAGCUGCGUGACAUGAAGCUCCCCGACCUUCCGCAGGCUAUCAAGGUGAGGAUACGGAGACCAGCUCGCCAAUAG